CCGAGGCCGAGUGGCGGUGCGGCGAGACCUGGGUGUCCUCCUUCGUGUGAUCCCCGUGUGAUCGGCCUUUGUACCUUUUCCACAUUUGAAGAUGGUGAAGCUGGAUAUUCACACCUUGGCCCAUCACCUUAAGCAGGAACGCUUAUAUGUGAACUCUGAGAAACAGCUCAUUCAGAGGCUCAAUGCAGAUGUCCUUAAGACAGCCGAAAAGUUGUAUCGUACAGCAUGGAUUGCUAAGCAACAGAGAAUUAAUUUGGAUCGGCUUAUCAUAACCAGCGCUGAAGCUUCCCCUGCUGAAUGUUGCCAACAUGCCAAGAUUUUGGAAGAUACACAGUUUGUUGAUGGAUACAAGCAAUUGGGGUUUCAGGAGACUGCUUAUGGAGAAUUCUUGAGUCGAUUAAGGGAAAAUCCUCGUCUUAUUGCCUCCUCGUUGGUUGCUGGGGAGAAACUGAAUCAGGAGAACACACAAGGUGUUAUAUACACAGUUUUUACCUCCCUUUAUGGCAACUGCAUCAUGCAAGAAGAUGAAAGCUACCUCCUUCAGGUUUUGAGAUACUUGAUUGAAUUUGAACUUAAAGAAAGUGACAACCCCAGGCGACUUUUGAGGAGAGGAACCUGUGCCUUCAGCAUCUUAUUUAAACUUUUUUCUGAAGGACUGUUUUCCGCCAAACUUUUCCUCACAGCCACUUUACAUGAGCCGAUCAUGCAGCUGCUUGUUGAAGAUGAAGACCACCUGGAGACGGAUCCAAACAAGCUGAUCGAUAGGUUCUCCCCGUUACAACAGGAAAAGCUCUUCGGAGAGAAAGGCUCAGAGAGAUUCAGGCAAAAGGUUCAAGAGAUGGUGGAUUCCAAUGAGGCCAAACUGGUGGCUCUGGUGAACAAGUUUAUUGGUUAUCUCAAGCAGAACACGUACUGCUUUCCACAUAGUUUGAGGUGGAUUGUGUCACAGAUGUACAAAACCCUCUCCUGUGUGGACAGACUGGAAGUUGGGGAGGUCAGGGCAAUGUGUACUGAUCUCCUCUUGGCCUGCUUCAUUUGUCCUGCAGUUGUCAAUCCAGAACAGUAUGGAAUAAUUUCUGAUGCUCCUAUUAAUGAAGUGGCAAGAUUUAAUCUGAUGCAGGUACGCUUUUUAAUGUGGCAUUCAGUUGAAAGUUGA